GCAUGAAUCAGAGACACGGCCUUCGGAGAAAGACGGUGCACACAAAAAGAAAAAAAAAAUAUGAAAGAAUCCCCAAAGCCCUAAUCGCUCCCAUAAGAGGGGAUCCACCGAAAUAGGUCGCGGUCGAUCUUGAUCUGCAUGCAUGUUGCUGCAGCAGCCAGCUGCCGAGAAGUUUCAUUAUUGUUUAAUCAGUUGGUGCGUUCCAGUUGGAAUUGGACACCCGCGCGAGAUGGAGCUUAGCAGGUUACUAGUUUUGGUGGUGAUACAAGCCGUAGCCCUGUGGACCAGGUCGGAUGCUGAGGGCAAUGGUACCGUUAGUGCAGCUGGGUUUGGCUAUGAGUUGACCGUGACGGGGCUGGAUGCCGUUAACUACAAUAUGCAGAAAGAGCAUCUUCGUUCCAAGGAGUACAAUCAGGUUUUGAUGGCUGAAAUUGAAGAUCUUCGCAAAAGAGUUACUAGUACUGAAGCAUUGGUCAUGAAGCAGGUGACAGCAAUCAAUAGCGUGGAGGUGCAGUUGAAGAGAUUACUUAAAAAUGCUGAAAUAAUGGACGAGGUACCGACGAUCAAAAAUGCUCUGGAAAUGCUGUCCUUCAACGUGUCAAGAAUUCUUAGCGACACAGGAAAGAUCCAUCGAGUUCAGCAAACCCUUGCCACAACGGAAAUGUUGAACGACUUUAUACUUCAGCACAUCGGUGGCCAGCAAAAAUCCAAGUCAUCAUCGCGGGCAUUCACAAUGGAAACUGAACAGUUACCGCAAUCUUGUGCAGAUGUUGGCGCGCUAAGAUCUGGUGUACAACGAAUUCAUCCGCAACCUGGCUUCAAGGACUCCUUCGAGGUGUAUUGCGAUCAGGACUACCUGGAAGGAGGCUGGACCGUAAUUCAGAACCGGUUCGAUGGAUCGGUCAAUUUCUACCGUGGCUGGAACGAGUACGAACACGGGUUUGGAAAUCUUCACGACGGAGAGUUUUGGCUUGGGCUCAGCAAAAUACACGAGCUUACCUAUUCCAAGAAACAUGAGCUUCACAUAGUGAUGGAAGACUUCGAUGGGAAAACAGUCGUUGCCAAGUAUAGCCACCUGCAGGUGGGUGGACCCGAGGAAAAGUAUGCCCUCAACAGUUUGGGAACAUACAGUGGGGACGCCGGGGAUUCACUUAGCUAUGCGGUAUCGAUGAAAUUCUCUACACUGGAUUCGGACAACGACAAGCACGCUCCCGAUAACUGUGCGGUGACGUACAAGAGUGGUUGGUGGAUGACCGCGUGUCAUGAGAGUAAUCUCAAUGGAUUGUACCUGAAAGGAGAACGCAAAGAGUUUGCCACAAUGAUGUGUUGGAAGGCCUUCAGAGGGUACAACUACGGCUUGAAACGGUCCCGCAUGAUGAUUCGUCCCGCUGAAUGAGAAUCCUAAUUAAAACAAAUACUUGCUAGCAGAUUAUUGAUUAUACUUGCGUAAAAAGUAUUACGUAAGAACAGCUCGACCGAUUACGCCAUUCAGGUUAAGCGGCUGACGAUGACUGAAGAAUGCCCACGAGGAAAAUGGGUAUUAUUGCUGGUGAUAAUAACAUCCUGUGAAACGCUGUCAUUCAACUGGCGGGCACGGUCGCCGGUCAAUGGUUAGGGAUUUUUUUUUAUACCUACUUAUCAGAGGCUGAGGAAAGGGACGCUGAAUCGAACGAUUGUCGCAGACUUCAACGGAGGGAGGACGGUGAAAUUGAUUUUUGCGGUUUUGGAUAUUAUUGACGGAAAAAGAUGAACAUUUUUAGUAGCUGGUAAUGUAUUGUAGGCGUUGGAUUAAUAAUGAUGCUGCUCAAUUAUUUACAAGUGAAAAUGGACAAGAAUGUAGUUGGCAGUACGGUAUAACAGUCAAAAUCUUUCUGUAUGAUCAAAAUGAUCCGGUAUGAACCAACACAUCGGAGUUGACACAGCAUUGUUUCUUAUCUCGCAGUCAAACUAAAAAGCCAGAUAACCCCAUUUUUUACUGGGCGCAGCUGUCAAAAGGUGAUUUCAAAAAAUCCUUUUGAAAUUGAUUUUAGGUACGGGAAUAAAGUUAUAAAAAUCUGAAAAAAAUCAUAAUGGCUCAGAAAAAGGUGCUCUUUCGUAUAAAAUCAAAACCUCAAUACAUUUUACAAAAUUUACAAAUCCAAUUAUCAAAAAAUGAAUGUCAUUGAGUAGCUAGUGGCAACGAGGAAUAGCGCAUUCAAUAAAAAUAUUUAAGCUUAUUUUUAAGUUACUCUUUUUAUAAAACGGCUACUUUGGAUGCCAUACUGAAGCGACCGGUUAAAUACAAGUAGCCGGUAAAUCCACAAUACAUAAAACAAGAGCAGUACCAACAGUACAUCAAUUAUAUUUCUCAACAAAUAAACUGCACAUUAAUUAAAAUUUGAAAUUAUCAAUCUCAUCUCACAGCCGAAUUAUUUAAAAAAAAAAUGACUGGCUAGGCUGAAAUAAUAUUUAUUAAACUAACAGUACUCAAGUACUCAAGCAUAUAAAACUAUUUCUAUUAUACUUUAAGUAAAUGAGAGUAACAUCAGAUUUGAUCAUCUUCAAUCAAGCUGAAGUAUCACAAACGAAGGAAUGUAAAUGAAUAUAUUCUUAAAGCGUGUCAACAUUUUGUGAAUGUAGGUAUUUGUAUGGAUGUUGCUAGUUUUUUUUUCUCAUGCAUUAAAGUAUAUUGUUAGCCUUUUUCUUAAUUGACAAUCGUUAUCACAAUAAAAUUAUAUUUUA